CCAGUUCAGUUCAACCACAUGCGGUUUCCUGUCAUCAUCACUACAUGACAUGGUGUCAGAAGUUAUUAAAAUGAUAAAUGAUGGAUGAGCUGAAGCCGGGAGCUCUGUGCUGAACUGGAGAUGUCGGAUCCACUGUAUCGCGAGUAAGAAGAGUACGAGUAAGAUUUCUCUCAGAGAAAUCGGAAAAAUAAACUUUAGCUCUUUUCUUCACGUGGCAGGAGACAAUGCGAUCAAGGACAUGCUCUCAGCUCACGAUUAACCAUAAGCAGUCGCUAAUCCGUGUCAAAGCUGGAUAAUAUCUGCUGAUAAAGCCUUUGACCUUGACAGUCUCAGCCAAUCACAGCACAGCACAAGCGCGUUCAUCGACUCGUCGUCUUCAUGAUUCACUCAUUACUGAAGACCUAGAGGAGAGACACAGUCCGAGCUUCAUCCAGGCCUGGGCACACACUCGUCCGUGAACCAAAGACAGUCUCAAAAACACGCUGUGAAGUCGCUGGUGUUUCUGACGUCACAAACCACCUCGUAACCAAUCAGAUCCACGUGUGAUCGUCCACCAGUGGAUCUCUGGGGAUCCAAUCAUUGUCCACAGGGGGACUUACACUGAGAUGUGCUGAACUCCUUGAUGAAGUUUUCUCCACUCGAGGGUGAUGUCGGUCCCGAGCGAGACGGCUCUACUGCCCCCCGCAGGCCAGGAGGAGGUUUUCUUCAAGACUUACAUCCCACCCGCUCGAGACGCCAUUCAUCUGCCCAUUCACAUCUUCUACAUCAUCCUCGCUUCCAUCGUGAUAGUGACGACGCUCUACGCCAUCAUCGGACACCUCAUGAAGGACCUGCUGCACGACCUGGCGGAUUGCCUGUUCGGGCCUCAGCCGGAGGAGGAGGAGAUCAACCUGUGCGAGAACAAAGACAAGUUCAUGGUGGACUGGUGUCCGGAGAGCAGCCCGGAGCUGGAGGAGAUGGCCCGCGCCGAGGAGAUCCGUGUGCUGAUGGAGGGAGGCCGCUUCACCCCGGCCGUCUGGGUCAUCUCUGACGGCACCGAGCCCAGAGCGCCCCGGACCGGCCCGCGGGUCGCCUUCGGGAAGAACGUGUAGAGUCCGAUACAGCGGAGAUGCUCACAGGAUGUGCUCACGGGUCCUGCUCGGGGUCAGUGGAGCUGUCGGGACGCCCCCGCUGGUCUCCGCCGGUACUGCGCCUUCCCAGGAUCCUCUGCAACAGUGGUUUUCAUGGAUCCUGGUUCUGGAGACCAAGUCUAAAAGUCUAAAACAAGAAGAAGAUCCCCAGACAGCAACAUAGUGUCGGCCCAGAUCUGGCACGCGUUGAAUCCACAUCGGAUCUGGGCCGACACUGGCUACGUUUACAGGGAACCAAAUCAUCCGUUAAUAAUGUAUUGACGGCUCAAUCGCACUGAAAAGCCUUCAUGUAAAACACCUUGAUCGCCCCGGUUGAGCUCGGGCCCAAUGAGAUUUCGAUCAGAUUGUUCAUUCCUCUUCUAAUCCCAGAGAACAUAUGAACACUUGAUCGGACUGAAAGACUGCGCAUGAUGUAGGAAACUCUGUGUAUUCGUGCAAGUCAAGUCUCAUUUAUUUGUAAAGCCCUUUCAACUAGAACGUAGACCAAAGGACUGUACAUCUCAAAACAAAUAAAAACGUACAAAAGGUAAAAA